CACUUGAAAUGUUGAUGUUAUGUGCCAAUUUGAAUUGUAUUGAAUUACGAUUCAUUCAUUUAAAUUGAUAUGUUAAAUUAGUAAAUUGAAUUAAAUUCUAAAAUAUGGCAAUAAAUUACCAUGAGGUACAAAUUUUGAUUGAAACAAAUUAUAAUUGGCAAUUUGAAAUGAUUCUAUUUGUUUGGGCCAUUCCAUUGCUAAUAAUUAUCAUGACCAUUAUUGUUUGUGCCGGUUGUGGUGGUAAUACUAAUGAGGAUGAAUAUACUGAAACGAUUUUUGUCGAUCAACAACAGCAGCCAAUGCAACAAAAUUUGAAAAUAAAGACUAAAAUCACCAAGACAUUGGAGCCAGAUGUUAAUUCUUCGGCGAUCAAAAAACAAACAAUACAUAAACAACAACAAACGACUAUGAAAUUUAAAAAAUUAGCCAAAUCUAAUCGUUUAGCGAUGAUUCCAGCCACUCUUUUUGCUCUUAAUCCUACAUACCCAAAUCGUUUGGAUUCAAGAAACGUGCAAGACAAUCAAAGGUCAUCAAUGACAUUACUGGGCAGAAAACAAAAUCCAUCCUCAUACAUGAUCUAUUCGAAACAGCAACCACAGGAAUCAUCAUUGAUUCAAGAACAAACAUCCAGCACGAUAGUUAAAUCAUCCGGUUCAGGCUAUUAUAACAUUUUGAUGAAACAAAUCAAGGUCAAGUCAGUUUCACAAUACGGUGUCAAAUAGAACAAUCAUCAUGUAUCAUAAUAAAAUGAAGACUUAUCCCAUUUUUCAACAUGAAAACUUUAAAAAUAUUAUAAAUAAUUUAAUAUCCGGUGAUUUUGAAGAUUUUUUAUAAA